AUGGUGGUUUCAAGGGAGCAGAAACUCGAAGCUAGUUACGUAUGUUGUCAUAAUAGAAUCCGUUCUGGUACUUCCUGCGCUGUCCUUCGGCGCAAAACUACUUCAAAUCAAGCUGCCAUUGCUCACCUUAGAACCCUGAAGCAGAAUCAUCACGGAAUUCGCCAUCGGAAUGGUGUUGCUCGAGCCGCGAUUGAUAACGAAGCUAGUCCGGAACAGGCCACCACUGAUCUUCCCCAACCCUCCUCUGCGACGGCUGUUUCCGAGCCUGCCUCGGCGGCUUCUCCCGAGCCUCCUCUCCCUGGGGAGAAGGUGUACCGAGGCCUGGCGUUAGCUUCGGUAUCAGCCGCGGUGGGUCUGUUUGUGCUGACGCGGGUGGCAGGCGCAGGCACGGAUCUCUCCGCAUUGGCCGCGCGAUCGGCUAAUUUCGAUGAGGCAAUGGGCAACGGGCGGCCAACCGUGGUUGAAUUCUACGCUGAUUGGUGUCAGGUACGUCUUCAUCACGCCUGUGUCGUUCUAACUGAAUCUCAUCGCGUCAUGCUGAAUGCGAUCAACUCCGCUGCUUCCCAUCGGCCUCAGCAAUUUACGAUCAUCCAUACUGCCGGUUCCUCCCAUCUCCCUAAGCUGAAUUUCAUCAUUCACAAUGGUUCUAUCAUGGCCUUUGACCCUUCACCCUGA